CUUUCUUGUAAACACAAAGGGAGUAUAUAAACUAACAUUUUCCCACUCUAUAAAUUCAUCACUUAAACAUCCCCUCCACAUUCUUCUCCCCAUAAUUUUUAUUUUAUUUUAUGAUGUCUAAAGUAAAAAUAUAUCUUUCAAUCAUUCUUCUUGUAUUCCUACAUUGUUCAAACAACCAAAAAGUAUGCCAUGGUAGAAUUAGUAAUCAUAAACAUGGUAAAUAUCAUCAUUCAAAGCAUAAAAAACCAAGUAUUCCUAAAGAAUUGACCAUAAAUAUGACACAAAAAUAUAAUUCAGAGCAACAAUUUAUGAAAUGGGUUAAUUUUGUUGGUAGACUUAAACAUACCCUUUAUAAAUCAGCUAAGAAUAAGCUUUUUCCUUCUUACACUUUGACUGUUAGUAAAAACCCUAUUAAUGGAGAUUUUACUACUAUCCAAGAUGCCAUUGAUUCUCUUCCACCCAUUAAUCUUGUUCGAGUUGUCAUCAAGAUAAAAGCUGGAAUUUAUGAGGAGAAGGUGAAUAUACCACCAUUGAAGUCCUUUAUAAGUAUAAUAGGGGAAGGAGCAGAGAAGACAAUAGUGCAAUGGGGAGAUACAGCAAAGACAGUGGGUCCCAAUGGAAAACCAUUGGGAACUUUCAAUUCAGCUACUUUUGCAGUUAAUUCUCCUUAUUUCAUGGCCAAGAACAUCACCUUCAAAAAUACUACACCAGUUCCGAAAACAGGAGAGCAAGGGGUGCAAGCAGUGGCAUUUAGAAUAUCAGCUGAUACCGCAGCGUUUGUAGGGUGUAGGUUCUUGGGAGCACAAGACACCCUUUAUGACCAUAACGGUAGGCAUUAUUACAAAGAUUGCUACAUUGAGGGCUCUGUUGAUUUCAUCUUCGGUGAUGGUCUUUCUCUUUUCGAGGGAUGUCAUGUACAUGCAAUAGCACCAAAAUACGGGGCACUAACAGCACAAGGAAGGCACAGCAUGCUAGAUGAUACAGGUUUUUCAUUCGUAAAAUGUAAGGUCACGGGCUCAGGAGCUUUAUACCUUGGUAGAGCUUGGGGCCCCUUCUCUAGGGUCGUCUUUGCCUACACCUAUAUGGACAACAUCAUUCUCCCUACUGGCUGGUAUAAUUGGGGUGAUCCUAACCGUGAAAUGACGGUGUUUUAUGGACAAUACAAGUGUACAGGCCCAGGGGCAAGCUUUUCAGGAAGAGUAGCAUGGUCAAGAGAAUUAACUGAAGAAGAAGCCAAGCCUUUUAUUUCGCUUAGCUAUAUUGAUGGUUCUGAAUGGGUUACCUUGUAAAUUAUUUAUUAUAUUAUUUUGACAUUAAUAUAUAUUAAUAAUAAUUACUAGUUUCUAGCA